GAGCCACACGUGACAGGCAUUCCGGAAGUGGUGCAGUCGCGCUUGAACUUGGCUGCCGCUUCAACGGCCGACUUGACGACUUUUUUCCGAUAGACGCGUCACUCCUGCGCAAACAAUUAGCGACCGUCAGCCGCGGAGAGAGUAUCGAUGAAGGCGGUGAUCCUCGCCGCCGGCUACGGGACCAGGCUUCAGCGGGACGUGGCGGCCGACCGCAGCGGGCGCUUCGCUCACCUGGUCGGCUUAGCCAAGCCGCUGCUGCCGGUAGGGAACCGCGCGCUCCUCAGCCACUGGAUCCGAGUGCUGGCCGCCUCCCACGGGCUGGACGGAAUAUACGUCGUGAGCAACGCUCUUUACCUGUCCGCAUUUCAAGAAUGGGCCUCACACUUCCCAAACGUCGAGAUUGUCUGCGACCAGACCACAAACAAUGAUGAGCGUCUCGGUGCCGUGGCCUGCCUCCAGCUGGCAGUGAAGCACUUCCAGAUCCAGGACCACGUCAUGGUGAUUGGAGGCGACACGCUCUUCAAAGAAGACUUCAGCCUGGCUCAGAUCCAGUCCAGGUUUUCAGAACUCCAAGCGGAAUGCGAGGACAACAAUGUGGUCUUGUCCUACAGGUGCAGAGAUGACGAAACUCCCAAAUACGGAAUAGUGGAAGUCGAUAACGAGCUUCGAGCCCUCUGUAUGAAAGAGAAGCCGCUGCCAUCGGAGACCGCGUCAAGAAGAGCGUGUCCUUGUUUCUACGUGUUGUCGAAGAAAAGCCUCCCUCUCUUGGACACCUUCCUCCUGGAAAAGAAGGAUGCUGCCAUCCAGGAAAAAGAUGCCCCCGGAAACUUUGUGUCUUGGCUCAUUCCGAGAAAACCCGUGUUUGUACACGAGAUUGGCGGGCGUUUCGACGUGGGCAACUUGCAGUCCUACGUGGACUGCGACCAGUAUUUCAAGGACAAACUCCAAAACGUGCCCGCGUACAUGAUGUAGAGAGAGCACCGGAGCACAUCUUUCCAGAUUUGAUUGGCAAACUUGAUCCACAGACGCGACGAAUCCUUCCGCCUACUCGGCGAGCAGCCUGCCGCAGCGGUCCGACGCCUUCUCGCGGCCGUUCUCCAUCUUGGCGAUGCGCGAGCCAAACUGCAUGGCCCUCUUGGGGAGGACGGCGGACGGUCCGAGGCCCAGCCGGCGGGCGGCCAGCCUCAGCAGCAGUUUCUCGCCGACGCCCCGCGGGAGCGUCAGGUCGGCCUUGUCGCGCAUGGGCAGAGAGUUCAGGUAGCUCACCACGCUCUCGUCCAGGUACGGGAACCUGACCGCGGAAACUCACUUUUUAAUACAGACAAAUACCAAACUUCUUGCACUACUUUCAAAAUAUCUUAGCUCCCUGAGUGCCACCAUCACAACUAACAAAUGACGCACCGACACUACAAUAAAGAAGAGUACGCUAACUCGUUAUGGAAGCUUGGAUUUAUCCCCCACACCCCACCCGGGCUAGCCCAGCACCCAGUUGUCUUAGAAAUGAAAGGUCUGCAAGGAUUGGUUGUUAAGUAUUCAGCCUUCGUGGACCUGGUCCAUAUUUCAGGUCAGUCCGGUACGAGUGGUCCUGGUCUUUUCAGCAUUUGACCAGGUUCAUAACAGCUGGGCGUGCCAGGUCCAUCAGUGCCUAUCUGACCAGAUUGACAGACGGCAGGACCACAAGGGUCGCAUUUCAGCUCAGUUCAACUUUCGACCAGGACCAGAAGUGUCAAACUGAUGACCAGGUCCAGAAGCGUCCAACAGACUGGCUUCGCGAAGCCUGAACGGGCCAGGUCUACAAAGGUUAGGACGCGCCAACGGUUUUGUACUUAUUUAAAAAAAGAAAAAAAGA